AUGAACAUAUUUUUUUACCAGAAAUACGAAUCUACUCUAGUUUCUCAACUGCAAAAUACUUUCAGUUUCAUAAUUACAAACUGGGAUUUGCCAUCUAAAAGUUCAUUAGUGGAGUCAUUUGUAACAGAACUCGAGAAAGUCAUCGACAAUACAAGUACUAAGAAAACGUAUGAAAUUGAAUUGUCUAAUUAUGAGCCCCGAAAUAUGCUAUCGUGCUUACUCUAUAUGUUGCAUUACAAACUCAGGAAUGAAAAAAGGAAACAAUAUCUAUUAUACGAUCCAAAAUUCAAGAUGUUCAAAACACGCCAAUCCGUCGUGAAUUUUCUAAAGGAUAAUGGUAUAUUUAAUUACAAAGGUAUAACUUUGACCAGAAAUGGAUUCCUGGUGGAAUCGCACAAUACACUGGAAAUACCACAUACUAUACCACUACUAAGUUACAAAAGGCUUAAUUCACACAUCAAAAAUGUGAAGAGACGUAUAGAAAAAUCAUGCAUCUCUUCACCGGUUUCCAGGAGGUUACUAUAUAUAAUAUAUCCCGUAAACCUUAUACACAGGAAGAUGUACAAUAAACUCGUAAAGGAAGAAGAAAACAAAAUAGUCAAAAGAUUAAGAUUUAAACUUUAA